UUCAUGAGACAUGCCUUUGCAGUAGUAGAAUUCGUAUUUUAACGAGUGCGGAUGGUUAUAUGUGCACGUGGUAAAUCUGUUAACACUUUUUGUGUCAUGCAUUGAUUAAAUUUGCAUUUUAUUAUUAAAAAAAAGGAGGAGAGUUGAAUUACGAUGGACGAAGCAAAUCGAUCAGAUCCUCCGAACUGGAUCCAGCAGCACACCGUCUAUCAAGACCUGAUGCAUUUGGAUGUUGGUGACAGUGCUCAAGUAUAUGCUGCCUUCCUGGUCUACAUGGAUUUGACAGAAGUGCGUAAAUGGAAAGAAGUGGUUGGAGUUUCCUGUCCAGAGUUACAGGCGGUUCUGCUGGAGGGUCGAGAGAGGGAAGGAGAAACAGUCCAGAUGAUCUACCCUUUGCCCUCACACAGAUCCAUCAAACACAGAGAGUUGCGGAGUAUAUUGGACAAAGGUGCUCCAAUGCUCUUGUGUGCCGUGGCUUCUGACUCCAGUCUGGUGUAUCAGAGACUGUGUGAUGGCUUUCUGACCCCUGACCCUCCAGUGGACAUCCAAGACCAAGGCCGCCGACAGCAUCGCAAACGGAGGUUACAGACGUGAGAGAAACACACAGAUGAUACAGCCAGACUGUGAUUCUUAACUCUCCAGAUGUGAGGAUUGGGUAGUACAUACAGUUCAAAUGCGCUUCUGAACUCAUAUUAUCUUUCGAAGAUGAGAGAAAGACUGAUCACCUUGGUCAUAAGUGGAUCCAUGCUGCUUUUGUCUGUUAUACAGAGUAUUACACAAACACAACACCACUGAGCUGCUCUUUACUUGAAAUGUCUGAAAAUGACACAUUCCCAGAAAAAGCAAACAGAGAAAGCUGAAAAAUACAUUGGCAUUUGUAUUCUGUUUAAGCUCUGUUUCAAAAGAUAGCUCAUGCAUAAUUAAAACUCACCCUCAUGUUGUUCCAAACCCUACUUCUGUUCUGUUUGAAACACAAAUAAAGAUAUUCUUAAAGAAA